AUGAGGUGCUCUUCCUUUGCAAUGUUGGUGUUGCUUGCUUCAGUCAUUUUAGCUAUUGGGAACUUUCCGAGCUUCUCAUCAGCUACUUUUCUCUGCAAAGGCAACCUCCUUGCCAUCAUGAAUGAAUGUCAAUAUUUUGUUAAGUUUGAUGGGCCUAUCAUUCCUCCAUCAAAGUCAUGUUGUGAUGUCUUGAACAAUGCUGAUAUCACCUGUUGGUGCAAAUAUAUUCCACCGUUUCAACACUUUUACAGCGUGGAAAGAUUCAUCGGUGCCGUCGAGACUUGUGGAGGCAAAGUUGCUGCUGGAACCAAGUGUGGAAGUUAUAUUGUUCCUGGUAUAUCUCCAUCCCCUUCUCCUUAG